CAGUGCCACACCGAGCGACAUACAGACCGAUCGCCUCGCGCUGCCUCGCGAACGCAAAUCUACGUCUUCCGCGAAAUUAUUACAUGUUCACUUUCUUUUCAAACCAAUACUUACGCCAGAUAUACUGGUAAUAUCCUUCACGACAGUACUCAAUUAACAGAUAUAUUCCUAUUUUAUAUUUAUAAAAUUCAUCCUAAGCAAAAAGUUUAUCGACCCUCGUUGCAGCCAUAACAACCCUUAUUCACAUCGCUCAGCCAAUCGCUCCCUCUAAUUAUUGACUCCCCUAAAGUUUGUUGAAAAAUCCGGUCGCUCUCAAUUCUGCCCUUUUAUAGCUUUAAUAUUUUUAUUACUUUACUCUUUGGGUAGCGUGUCUAGCGCUGCCACAAUUCAUAGCAAACAAUUUCUCGUAGUAAUAGUUUCGACACAGUCGUCUCUCAUUUCCUACUUACGUAUUUCCUUGACUGAUUAAUUGAAGUUUAAGUACAGGGUACAAUUAAUUUUUUCCUCUAUUUCACUAUCCGGAAAACUCGAAGAUCAUCGAGGCUGUCGGUUGUAAUCCUAAGUUGGCAAACAGUUUUGCGUCACCGUUAUCUGUAUUCAGGUCAAUUAAGGCGCGCUGAACCAUGACACUGCGUUGACAUUGACGCGUUUUAGUUUUUUCUGUGUGGUGAAGGUGAAUGUGAAACUGGUGCAUUUUUGGUGGACUGUGAGCUGUGUAGAGUGUGGUGCAUGAUCGCGUGAGGGUCCCGCUCGUCCGCAGCGGAUGUGCACGCCGCUGCCUCCCUGGUGGUUCGUACCGGCUGGAAUGCCAGCUGCUCUUGACCUAACUAGGUACAAGAGCGGGGUGCGCUCAGUGAGGGGCGGGGGCGGGGGCGGCGGCGGCGCAGAGGAGGCGCGGCGCGGCGGCCUCAAGGCGCUGCCCAAGCGCGCCCGCACUCGCUGUAGGGGCAUGAACAUGGGGCAAAAGCUUUCCGGCGGAGUAAAGUCGGUGUCGCGCGAGUGCACGGCGCCCUUCAAGGCGGUAGUUGCGCGCGAGCUGGCGCCCGAGCCGCCGCGACCCGCGCGUUUGGACGCGCUUCUCGACGCGCCGCCUGCGCACCCCGAGCUGCAGCUGAAACACGCGUGGAACCCAGACGACAGAUCACUAAAUAUAUUUGUAAAAGAAGAGGAUGCUUUAACGUUUCACCGACACCCAGUCGCCCAAAGUACGGACUGCAUCAGAGGGCGGGUAGGUUACUCUCGGGGCUUGCACUGUUGGGAAGUAGUAUGGCCGGCGCGGCAGCGAGGGACGCAUGCGGUAGUAGGUGUGGCUACAGCGCAUGCGCCAUUACAUUCUGUCGGCUACCAGAGUCUAGUAGGCGCUACGGACCAGAGUUGGGGCUGGGAUUUGGGCAGAAAUAAGAUUUACCACAAUGUAAAGGGCACGGUGGGUAGUGGUACGACGUAUCCCGCGCUACUAAGGCCCGACGAGCAGUUCCUAGUCCCCGACAGACUGCUGGUAGUACUAGACAUGGACGAGGGAACGUUGGCGUUCUGUGCAGACGGGCGAUAUCUAGGCGUCGCGGCGCGGGGGCUGCGUGGCAAGACGCUCUACCCCAUCGUGUCCGCAGUGUGGGGACAUGCUGAGAUAACCAUGAAGUACAUCGGUGGACUAGAUCCGGAGCCGCUGCCGCUGAUGGAGCUGUGCCGGCGCGUGAUCCGGCAGCGCGUGGGGCGCGCGCGGCUGCGCGUGGUGGCGUCGCGGCUGGCGCUGCCGCCCGCGCUGACGGCCUACCUGCUGUACCGCGCGCCCUAGCCCCGCGCCCCGCCGCCCCCACCGUCGCCCGCCGCCCCCACCACACAUUAGAUUUUCCUUCUACGAUGCUUCAUGUACUUAACCCGACGACGUGGACUGCGACGGCGCCUCGAGUUCACACAGAGAUCGCGACGUUUUACCGAGGGCAAGACGACAUUAUUGACGAGAGGAGAUCGGCCGACUUUCCUAUGAACUGUAGCACUAGGACGACGCCAGCAGGAACUGUGAUUCGACCGAUGUAGGAAGAUUCCUAACCGAUAGCUAGUCCUUGUCUGCCCGAGACCCGCCGCAGUAACUUUGUGACUUAAUACUUUCUGGAUGGCGGCAACUAUGCCUUCCAAGCACACGAAUACGAGGGGUCAAUACAAACAAACAUAGACAAAGAUAACGUUGUAGCAAGUCAAGUCUGUAAUUAAGAAUAACCGAUUUUGUCCGACAUGAAGUGUAACACCAUAAAAGCGAUAAACCUUAGAUGAACUCAGGAAUCAUUCUGACAUAUUAAAAUUUAGUGACGUAGUGUCGCGGUGAGCGUCGAGUGUACAACAAACAUUUCAUACGUCUGUGCGGUUUGCGUUUAUACAAGUAAUCGUUUCUAACAUAGAACUAUUGAGUUCACGCAACUCGAGGCCGAUCGCGAUAGCGGCACUGAAUACAAAAAAUUAUGUAAUUUAUCAUAAGCACACAAAAAAUCUGUAAUGUUAGAUUUAGUUAAAAUUGUUUUGACACACCCUGCAGUUUUUUCAACACGAAUACCCCUACUUUUAUUUUAAUGUUAUCUGUGAUAAUUUUACUUUAAUGACAAAUUGAAAUCAGCAUACAUUUCUCUGAAUUCAAUGCAUUAAUUAUGCAUUACUCUUUCACAAGUUGUAUCCAUUCGUUGUAUGUGGACUUUGGAAACCUCAAUUAGUAGUGGUGAUGGGAUGUGAGCUGUGACCCAUUCUGUUCUGUGAAGUUUAUGGUGAAAGACCAUGGUACUAUUCUGUUACCGACAAAUAUGGACAAUUUAUAUACGAUAGAUAUUUAUAAGACAAAUGUGGCAUUAAAUAAUGCCAAAACCUGUGUUAUUAACAUUGUUCAACUCUUAAUGCAAGCCACAUGAAUAAAGCCAUAUUGAUCUCUUUUAAGUGCGUUCUCUGCCAUGGAUGGUGUAAAUAUUUGCUGUCCAUAGCAGAGAAUCGUAUUUGACUUGUUAUUAAAUAAUUUAGAAUGAACAACUGCAAAAUAUAAAAGUAACUCACGAGCCUCGGCAAUUACUAAUAAACAUGUUAGAGAUGUCAUUGUUGUCAUAACAAUAGCAUUACUGCGGGCCGCAGUUCCACGCGGCCCGCGAUAGGCCAGUGUAUCGUUGGCAAUCUAUUUUAUAGCUCAUUAAGCGACUGGUUUACUUUAGUUUAAUGUUUUAAUUCCUAUUGUAAAAAAUGUGUGAGUGUGUAUAUAUUAUACGACGCAUCGCAACCAUAACUAAUGUGUCAGAUUUAGCUAUAAUAUUUUGGAGCAAUUUUAUUUUAUUUCAUUUCUAGGUUAUUUAGACUGCGUAUAUUGCGAAUCGUGUCUCCACAAUGUCUUCUUUUGCGACUAUAGGACUUAUAGAUGUAAUUCCAUGAAUUCAGGAAAAUAGUAUUUUUCAAAGCACUAUUAACAAAUUUGUCAGCCAAUUUCGAUCCAAUUAGUUGUAUUGUAACCUUUAUAAAAGAUGUGUAAGUACUUCCAUUUUAAUAAGAGUUUUUCAUAAAUGUAGAUUGUAUGGCAAGGUAGACAUCCCAAGUGGAGCUCACUUGUAACAAUGUUAAUAUUCACAUUUUAUCUCCCUAAAUAAUUAUUGUACAUUUUAUGAUAAAAUUUAUUCUUACGCAGCGUGUCAGUAAGCUGCACUUUAGUAUUGAUGGCAAGAGUUUUAUGUGAAUAUUGACAAACUGAGAAUGACUAAGAUAAACUGCCAAAUGCGAGGAGUGUGAAUGAGCAAAGUUAGCAAAAAGAUAUGGAGUGCACCACGCCAUAUCGAACGCCAAAUAAUCAAUUAGCAAUUGCAUCGAAAAUCCAAAUAAAUAUAUCCAGAUCGUUUAUAAUCGAAUGGUUAAUAAAUCGAAUGUUCUAUAUAAUUGUAAUUUAUUCAAAAUAUCGAAUGUUUGAUCGAUUGAGCGUUCAAAUCAACGCAAGUUGAUUUAAAGAUAUAUAGAUAUUUAAAAUAAAUUUAAUACAUUUAUGUAGAAAUUUACUGAUAAAUCACAACUUAAUCUUUUGUUGUUAAUUAUUGGAUGUUUAAAAAUGUUGUAUCAAUAGCAAUUGCCUGGAGAAACUAAUAAAUCCAUGUUAUUAUUAUUAUUUCUAUCACUUUUCCCUUGCCUUUUAGUGGAGUAUCAGUAAAUUUGUAUUGUUAUAUUUAAAGCAUAUUCGAUAAUGUUUCUCCAAAAACUUCUCCAGACACUUUUUUAUAUUUAUUGUACAUAGUUCAGCCUUUUUGGCGUAUAUUAUUUGCACAUAUUUGUUAGGUUUGCAUUAAAAAAAUAACUCUUUCUCUACUACGCAUUAGUUAUAUCAAUAUAGAAUAUUGCAUUAUACACUCAACAGUAAAAUAUAAUGUCUCAUUUCAUAACCAUUCGAUAUUAUAAAUAAUCUAGUUUUGAAAGUUCAAUUUAUAGUGUGACACUAUCAAUUAAUCAAUAUUCCAUUAUGUGGCAUUUGAUAUGGCAUAGUACAACCGCAGAAAUGAGAGCCAAUGAGCGUGUCGUGUGGCGUGUUCGACGUGCUCGCGAAUGUAUAAGAUACUUGCGUAUGAGAUAUAAUCAUAAUAUAAAUAAAAUACACCAAGUUCGAUGUAUUGUUGACAGUCUUUUAUAGUAAACCUCUCGAAAGGACCAACACUUUCCUAUUUGAACACCCAAUUUAAUUGUUUUAUGUGGAUAAUGUUAUUGUUCUAUCUCCCGCACUUCUGUCUACAUCCUCAAUAUAAGGGGUUUACUGCAAAAGAUGGUAUGUAUAUUUACUAGCAACAAGUAACCACGUGAACUCUACGGAUCGUCAAAUUUAGUCCUGUAUAUAUUAAAGAUUAUUAUCAUUUUGCGGUGUUUAAUGACUUUAUUGUAAGUGGAAAUGCAUUUUAGUUUUAUAAGUUGUAGGCAAUAUUUUUAAAAGGUCAUUUCUAAUGGAUAACUGCGAUCUGCAGUCGAAUCUCUUAGAUACAAUGAUUAAAAAAAAUAGGAAAAACGAUUGGAAUAAUAAAUAUAGUUAAGAAAAUAAUAAAUGAUAUAAAUUAAA